CUAUUUAAAACUGCAGCAAAAAUGAAUAUUAUUGACAUUAUGCAAGCUUCACAAAAUUCAUCAAAGGCACAAUAUUGCAGCUUUACUGGAAAAAUAAGUAAUAUCUUAAAUAGACAUGAGGCUUGGUACUACUCAUGCAAAGGCUGCAAUAAAAAAGUUGACAAAACUAUUUAUGACAAAUGUCAAAAUUGUCAAAAAAACAAUGAAGACAGCAUACCGAGGUAUCUUGUUAAAAUAAUAGUGGAAGAUGAAACAGAUUCUGCAAGAGUCACCACUUUUUGACGCAGCAGAAACUUUGAUAGGCUGCAAUGCUCAAAAAUUCAUGGAUGAUAUAAAAGAG